AUGGGAGGAGAUGGGAAACGGAAGAUUGGCGCGCCUGAAGAGGAGGUGGAGCAAAAUCAUAGCAGUGGUGAUGAAGAAGAAAAGAUUGAGGAGUUCUUCGCGAUCAUUAAAAGGUUAAGACAUUGCUCGCGUCAAUUAGAGGCGAGUAAUAAGGAUGCAAAGAAGGUGAAGGUCCAUGGUCCGGCGUGGAUCCCUGUAUUUAAAUUGGAAGAUUUUGCAGGGCAGGAAAAGGAGGGCAAUCCCAAUGUAAGCAUUAGGUGUUGUAUUGAAGAGGAGAUCAGCAACGGGAAAGAAAAGGGAAGGGAAGAGAAAGGAUUAGAUCUCGAUCUAACCUUGUAA